AUGAAAGCCGGCCAGUGGGACCCCAAAGAACAAAAGGUCGUCAUCAACGACAUAACCAGGCCAACCCCAGAACCCUACCAAUUCCUAGUCAAAAUACACUCUGCAUCACUAUGCCACUCCGACCUUGGAACGAGGUUUCGCAAAAACUACCCUGUGACACUCGGCCACGAAGGCGUCGGCCAUAUUGAAUCCAUGGGCUCCGAAGCCUCAGGUCACGGUUUCUCUAUCGGUGACGCGAUCGGCUUCAACUACUUCACUGGUUGCUGUUUCACGUGUGAUGGCUGCAAAGUAAGCAAUUCGCAGUGUGAGACAGGGAAGCAGCAGCUGCAAGGCUUUGCGGUGGAUGGGUUCUUCGCAGAGUAUGCGGUUGUGGAUUGGAUGAAUGCGAUUAAGUUGCCUGUGAGCCUCGAUAUGAAGAGGACGGCACCAUUGUUCUGUGCGGGGAUCACGGCGUUUAAUAGUGUGGACUCGUGCGAGUUGGAGAAGGGUAUGUGGCUGGCGAUUGUGGGGUGUGGUGGGUUGGGUCAGUAUGCCGUGCAGUAUGCUAAAGCGAUGGGUAUCAAAACUAUCGCUCUCGACAUAAACGACUCUCAACUUUCCAUGGCAAAGAAACUCGGCGCUGAUGCGACUUUCAAUUCCAAAACGAAUCCAAAUUAUAUUGAUGAGAUCAAGAAAUUCACAGAUGGUAAGGGCUGUCAUGCAGCUGCUGUCUACUCUGGCUCAAACAUGGCGUAUGCCGGCGCACCCCAUCUCUUACGUACGGGAGGGUUGCUCAUGGUUGUCGGGAUUCCACCCAACAACCUUGAUUUCAUCAAUGCAGUUGACUUAACGUUGGGUCGAUAUAAGAUCAAGGCUGAGAGCAUGGGUAUUUCUCAGAGGAUGAAGAAGGCGGUGGAUUUUACCGGGGAACAUGGUAUACAACCUGAAGUCGAGUAUCGUAAAUUGGAAGAUUUGCCAAAUAUGGUGGAGGAUAUGAAAAAGGGUCUUGCCGAGAAAAGACAGGUCGUUGUGUUUUAA